AUGGCAUCAAAAGGCUUACCAGAGCGUCUGCUGAAACGGUGGUUUCCACACACAACAACCCCGUUCAUCGCGAAUGCCCCGAUGUUUGGAUUCGCGGACUGCCGUCUAGCAGGUGCCGUCACCACAGCUGGAGGCUUAGGCUUCAUUGGGGGCGGCUUUGAUUUCGGACCCGAAUCAACCCAACUCGCAAAUCUUGAUGCAACCCUGACAAAAGCGCAUGCAGAACUCGGGAGUAUCGCUUCAAUACAAACUCUCCCAAUUGGCAUUGGAUUCAUCACUUUUACGCCAACGGGAUUCGAAGAUCAUGCGGUCGCCAUCCUCGAAAAGCAUCGGGUCGCCGCAGUCUGGUUGUCAUUUCCCAAAUCGGACGCUGACCAUCAACCUUUAAUCAAAGCGAUUCACAAAGUGCAGAGCAAGAGCCAUUGGGAUGUUAAGAUUUUCGUCCAAGUUGGCACUGUACAAUCCGCUAAAGUAGCCUUGGAGCAGGGCGUUGAUGUUCUGGUUGUCCAAGGUGUCGAUGCGGGAGGACACCAGUGGGCGCAGGGGGCCAGUUUGAUGUCGCUUUUGCCCGAGGUACGAGAUCUCGUGUCGAAGAGUGCUAGAGUCGAUGAUGUUGCGAUACUCGCAGCUGGUGGUAUUGUAGACGGACGAGGAUGUGUGGCUGCUCUGGGGUUAGGUGCCGAUGGCAUUGUUAUGGGGACGAGGUUUAUUGCAACCUCGGAAUGCCCAGCUCCUCUUUCUAUGAAAGAGUCAAUCAUAGCGGCGACGGACGGCGGCGUCUCGACCGUUAAGACGACCAAGCACGACGUUUUUCAGUCUACGGAUGUGUUUCCAAGACAGUAUGAUGGACGGGCUAUUAUUGGAAUUAGCUAUAAUGAGUUCGAGAGUGGCGCCAGUGAUGAGGGGAUCAUUCAACGAUACAACGAGGCUAGAGAGAAGGGAGAUGAUCACAGACGUACAGUGUGGGCAGGUACAGGCGUGGGAGUUAUUGACAAGAUUGUAUCGGUUGAGGAGUUGGUUAGGAGCAUCCAGCAAGAGGCAAAACUGGCCGUUGCAAGGGCUAUGGAGAUGAUAUAA